GAGAGGCUCAAAAAAGGGUGGAACCCACCAGUCUAUGCAUUCUAUGAGCCCACACCAAGCAUUGAAUACUCAGAUGGGUGGUAUUCCCAUGUAUUCAAAUGCAUGGUGAAGAGUUGUAAACAACAAGUCCAGCGCUACCUUGACAAGGGUGAUACCAAAUCCACCAGCAACAUGGCAAAGCAUGUUAAGUGUUGCUGGGGGGCAGAGGCAUAUGAAGCUGUACAAGAAGCUAAAUCAGCAACAGCAGCACGGGAAGGUGUCAUCACAAACUUACUGAAGACUGGUACCAUUACAUCAUCAUUUAAAAUAAAAUCAAAGGGUAAAGUUACCUAUUCACAUAGGCAACACACAAAGACAGAAACAAAGGCAGAGAUCAUGCAUUGGGUCUCAGAAAGCUUCCGACCCUUCAAGACUGUUAAUGAUAGAGGGUUUCAGUCAUUGAUGAAGACUGGUCAUCUGGAAUAUUACUUACCUUCACUAUCCACGGUAUCAUGCAACAUGAAACUGGUAUUUGCAAAUGUGCAACAAUGGAUCGCACAAAUGUUGCAGGUGAUGUAUGCCAUCAUCAAAUUUGCAUAA